ACAGAAUAAACCCCGAGGAGGCUGCCACUCUGCAAGCACGCUCAUGCAAAGCCUUCAAACCGAGCCGAGAAGCAUCAUGAAAACAAUGAGAAGCUUUUUCCUCUGCGCGCUGGCUUUCUUGUCAGCAGCUCAGGCUGGCCUGCUGGAUGAAAGGAGAAGGCGUGAGUUAGCUUUUUCCCCCCACUCCUCCUCUUCCUCGUCUUCGUUCUCCUCGUCCUCUCAGCGUUCAGGUGAGAUUUGUCUCAACGGCGGCACCUCGGUCCCAGCGCUGAUUUCUGGUGCACACCUGUUCUGUCGCUGCACUGAUGGCUUUGAAGGCACACAUUGUGAAACAGUAAAAGCGAGUCACUGCUAUGAGGGAGUGGGACUGUACUACAAAGGCACAGCAUCUAAAACAGUCAGCGGACAAACAUGUUUGCAGUGGGACGAGGAGACCCGGAGGCAGUACCUGCAUUUGGACAUCAACGCCGGGAAGCACAACUACUGCAGAAAUCUUCACUACAGACGUCGUCCGUGGUGUAACGUUUGGAAAAACCUGCAGCUGGUGUGGGAAUACUGCGAUAUGCCGCUUUGCAAUUUCAAGCCACUUCCACCUGUGGCUUCACCUGUCCCCACCCAGCCAGAGCACGUUGCAGAGAUGACGACAUGUGGCCAGCGCACCAGAAGAAAGCAGCUGAAGAUCGUUGGCGGAACAGUUGCCACUGUGGAAUCCCACCCGUGGAUCGCUGCCAUAUUUUGGCGCCCUAAAUCCAGAGAAAAAGUUUUCCGCUGCGGGGGCAGUCUGAUCUCCGCCUGCUGGGUCCUCACAGCUGCCCACUGCUUCCCCGACGGAAAUAACACCAUAGCAGAGCGCUUCACCGUCACCCUGGGGAAAAACGCCCUGAACGAGAGCAACCCGAGCGUGGAGCAAAAAUUCAGGGUGGAAAAAAUCUUCAUCCACGAAGGGUUUGAUAACAACGAGGGGAACUUCAACAACGAUAUUGCUCUGGUGAAGCUGAAGACCAAACUUGGUAAAUGUGCUAAGGAGAGCAGCGCUGUGAGGACGGUCUGCCUGCCGCCACCUCAGCAGAGCCUGCAGCCAGGAUUCACCUGUGACAUUGCCGGAUACGGGAAAGAAAGUCACGCUUUGUGGUACAGGUCUCAAUACCUAAAAGAGGCUCAGGUGAACCUCCUCGCCGACAACGUGUGCCGAGGGAAGGAUUAUUACGAUAACAUGAUUACUGAUAACAUGUUUUGUGCCGCUCGUCCCGACUGGAGUCAGGAUGCCUGCGAGGGAGACUCAGGAGGCCCUCUGGUGUGUGAAGUCGGAAGCAGGCUCUUCCUGUUUGGAAUAAUCAGCUGGGGCGACGGCUGCGCCAAAGAGCUGCGUCCCGGUGUUUACACCAGAGUGACCAAUUACAACAAAUGGAUAGAAGCGAAGACUCACCUGGGGUCCAUCACCGCUGGAGCCAUGUUUCCUCAGAAAUGACCUUUAAGGCCCGCCCACAUGUAGAGGCAUUUGCUGGAGAAUAUUUCAGGUUGUGGUUAUGCAUGUAAACCUCAUGUUUUGUUUCCACUGGUUGCAGUACAAAUUGUUGGUGGUGGUGCUGUUUUUAUUGUUCUAGUAGUUGUAUAGCAAUAAUAUGUUUAUUAUUCGUAUGAACAAAUCCCAAGACACAACAAAAACUGGCGGUAAUUGUAGCCUACGGCCCUGUAUUUCGGUCUGAGAUGUGGGAGUAAGCCACAGUAUUAGUACAACAUCAAAACAUGGCGUCAGAAGACCUGUGAAGCCUUGGACUGAAUGCUGUUUUCUAGCCAAGAGAUGUCCAGUCAGAAAGAGAUAAUUUGAUACGUAAUUUGAAUGGUAACAUCCAUCCAUCCAUUUUCUUCUGCUUAUCCGGGGCUGGGUCGUGGGGGCAGCAGCCCAAGCAGAGAAGUCCAGACCUUCCUCUCACCAGCCACCUCCUCUAGCUUCUCCGGGGGAA